AUGCCUCUAGCAGUCGGGCUUGGCGUUUGCACGCCGGACGAUCUCCUGAUGGGAUACCUUCUGGGGGCGGCACUGGCUACAUCAGCAGUAGAUGGAAGUGGAGUAGAGCAGGAGGCUUUUCUCGGUGGCCGCACUCUGCCGUCGUACGCCUUGGCGGUGUCUGUGGUGGCGUCCACAGCUAACGCCGUGAGCAUCGUGGGCUUCGUGGGACAUUACUUCGCUCACGGAUUCCACUUUAUGUGGCCCGGGGCAGCCAUACCCCUAGCAGCCGCAGUGGCUGCUACGGUGAUGGUACCGCUGCUUUAUCGCCUGCGGGUUGCCUCUGUGUUUCAGUACCUGCGAAUGCGAUUCGACAACAAAGUCGGCACCACUGCUUGCAUUGUCUUCUUUAUCCUAAGCCAAAUUCUCGGCGCAGUGGGUGUCUACAGCUCCGCCAUUGCCGUUUCAACAAUGUUUCCAAUACCAAUGAUGUAUUCGAGCAUCGCCAUCGGCUUGGCGGGAACCAUAUACACGGCUCUGGGUGGACUUCGUAGUGUCGUAUGGGCCGAUUGUGUUCAAGCAUUGGUGAUGUUUGCCUCCCCUUUCAUUAUUAUUGGAAAAGUCAUUUAUGACUCAUACUACGUAAGCCCUCCACUGAGGCCAAUAGUGGACAUCAAUGUGACGGACUAUGUAUUCCGGCAGGAAUCUUCAAAUGAUGACAUUAGCAGAGGCUUGGACGACGACAUUGACGCUUUUGAUUUCACCGCCGGUGACGAAAUUUCAUCAGACCACCCCGGGACAUCAGCGGUCAUCCACCGAACCAACUUGGAUUUCACGACUGAUGAAAACAUGUGGAGUGGUUUGGCAGGGGCAAUCCCAUUCAGCUUCGUGCGCACAGUGUUUGACCAGAUGGCCGUGCAGAGGUUUAUGGCCGCCAAAACACUGCGAGAGGCCCAGAGGCUGCAGUUCAAGGCUUGUUUGGCUACGAAAAAGAUAGACCAGUCCACACCAUCAGGAGCUACGACGGGAAUAAUGAUAAUUUACUGGUACAGGGAUUGCAACCCGGUUCUUAGCGGCACCAUCAAAAGCUUCGACCAGAACAUCACGCCAAAUGAGAUCAAGUACAACUAA